AUGUCUGCGGAAUUCCGUGUCAACGAUACGUCCAAGUCUUACAGGGACUGCUUUGUCAUCGAAUACUUGGCAGAUACUCUCUGUGCUGGGGAGGGCGUCGAGAUCAGCGAAAGAUACCCAGAGGCCGUAGUUCAAGAGCUCUAUGAGGGCCCCAGGAAGUGUCAGUGUUGUAUCAAUUGGAUGACCGAGCGCCCCCACGAUGUUGAUCUUACAGAAGUCGAAAAAAAGACGAUGGGGAUGAAGCCGGCGAUCCUCUGGUCAUCUGACGUCCAGUCAGUCCAGGCCAAAACGAAGCGCUUCGAGAAGGCCAUCGUUGAGGAGCAGGACAAGACAGUUAACAAGAUUCUUGUCACGAUGAGAUGA